GGGUAUUGUCCAUCCAUGUUGCCUGCCUGCGCAUGCAGUCAGUCCGAUGCCACACCCAACACCAAAACACACACAUACACACACAUGCACGUCAAGAGUAGAAUGGCGGCGUGCUAAUGGCUGUGGUAGGCCAUUCUCACGCACGCGCGAUGGUGGAUUAGAAGAGGGGCAGGGGCACGCACACACGCACACAGACUGGCAUGGAGGCACGAAACAUGGAACACGAGCAUGCGAGCAGUGAGUGAGUGAUUGAUUGAGACAGUCGGUUCCUCCCCCGCCCGCAAGCCAUGCUACCUACCUGCCUACCAUCUGCACCAACCGACCACGUCGCCUCACUCACUUGGCCUUGUUGCCUCCCUCCUUGCGACCCUUGCCCCCCUUGCCCCCCUUGCCAUUCUCUCCCUUGCCCUUCUUGUCUCCCUUGCCCCCCUCCUUCAGCACUAGCUCCAUGUGCAUCCAGCUCAUGAAGCUGUCAUCCACCCCGUUCCCAUCCACACCACACCAAGACGACACCACACUGUACACCGACCCCACUCUCCUCUCUGCCUCCCGCAGCAAAGCCCUGAGGGCGUCGCCAGGGUACGGCUCGACAUAGUCGUCGCAGUCGUUGUAUUGGCCCUGGCCUGGUGCGAGCGACUCUGUGGUGAGUGUCAGGUCAACGCUGGCUUUGGCUGGCUUGAUGGACGUGAGCAGAGACACCACAGACCGAGCGCACCCCUUGCUGAUCUGAUCCUCAUUCGACACGCGCAGCGAUUUGACGGCAGGGUAGGCUAGCUUAGGCACGGGCACGUGGAGAAAUCGGGCAGCUCCCCCUCGUCCAGCCGGAUGUGCAACUCGUCUAGCUCUCGGGCAUGCAGAUACGACACACACUGCGACACGGUGCGAGGGCUCCGUGCCUCCAACCACACCCACCGCACCCCCGCCAGGCUGCCCAGCAGCUGGUCCAGCCUGGCAGCCUCAGCACCGGUCGGCAAGGAGUUGUUGUGGGCAUCGUAGCUUGAUGCGUUGAUGUAGAGGUGCUGGAUGGCCGGCAGGUGUGUGUUGUUGCCGUUCUGGUCCUUGGCCACCAGCCACUCCGGGAUGCUCGUGGUGAGCUGGUGGACGGGGGUGGUGUAGUGUUGGGGGUGGAUGGAGAGCUUGGUGGCCGCGGGAAACGUCAGCAGCGGACCCCAUGUGUCGUGCAGGGGAGCACCGCCGUACACAAACUUGACCUGCGAGAAGGAACAGAAAAAGGAAGAGGGCAGAUAUGAGCCAUUCUCAAGCGUGCGCUGCGUGUCUCCCUCCCCCUGCACCCCUCACUCACUGCGUCGCAUUCGUUCGUCAGGUUGGUGAUGAGUUGGCCUACGGGGCGGCCGUGCGGGGCCGGGGGUGUUGUCGCCGGGCCCUCCUUGCCGCAGUCGAUGAUGAUGUCGUCACACUUGUCGAGAAUGCUACGCUCGAUAUGGUCAUCCUCACUGCACAACACACACACACACGCACACACAACAGACUGUGCCCGUCUCUGCCUGCGGUUUGUUUGGUGCUGCAUGUCUCACUUACCGUGGCAUCCACACGAUCUGGCAUUUGGUCUCCUCGGCCCACGUGAGCAGGUCCUGCAGGGCGAAGUGGUUGGAGCCGCUGCGGUCGGUCAGCUGGCGGCUGAAGUCGGCGCCAAACGAGAAGCGAUGGUGAAUGGUGAUGGUCUUGUCCACACCUGCACACCACAGAUGACACAUUCAGCAAGGAGUGCCUCCGUGUGUGCUACUAAGCUGCCCACCCCCCUCCCACCUUUCAUGUGUUGGGUGCGCCAGUUGGUGUCGAGUGCCGUGGUGAGGCGGCCCAGCGGAUCGUAGAUGUACUCAACGCGACUGACACGGAGCACCACAGACGUAUACACACAUGGUGUGUUUAUGCCGCCAUUCCAUCUAUCUUUCAGCCCUGCUCACUCAGGUACUCUGUAGUCCUUUUUGGGUGGGACGAGGUGGAGACCGCUGAUGCUCGUGAGCUUGGGGCAGCCGCUCAGCGAACUGACAUCCACACGCAUAUGACAUCCACACGCAUACAGACACACAUCCACACACACAUGAGUAUGUAUGCUGUUCAAUCAUAUACCUGGUGAACGCCUCCCACUCAUCCCCCUCGGUGACAUCGAUGACAUCGGCCUUGAUGGAGGUGAUCUUCGGCGAAGCUGACACGAUGUGGGUGGCGCCCGGCAGGUGGGAGAUGCGGUUGCCGGACAGCCCGCCACACACCUUGCCCAUACUCAGCACCUCCAAACUCGGAAACAUCGACUUGCGAUCCCUGACACGACACCCCAACACGUACGACAUGAACCACAUUUGUAUCUCUGCAGCCAACCCAUGCCCUCUUGUCCUUACUUGACUAGGUCUAGGUAGCGCGUGUGGGUGAUGUGUAGCUGCUGGGUCUUCUCAAACACCACCGGCUCCCUAUCCGUCCCCUUCCCCACCCCCGCCCUCUCAGUAUUGCCGACUCUGCCGAAGUAGUGUCUGUUGGGCUCAUGACACACGCGCCUCGGGUCGUCCACACAGAUGCGCACGAGUGUGGCGUUGGACGCCUCGAUGCACUCCACUGCAGCCGGCAGCACAUCCUCGUCGCCGUCGGUCUCGAUGAACGCCGUCUUGAGCUUGCUCUGACCCACACACAUACAUACAGAAAAGCCUCCAUCCAUGCCUAUCCUCCUCCCACCCACCCACCCACCAGUCGUGUUUUGAGUGUGUCUGUGAGUUUGAUCUUCUUCCAGUAGUCGUACUCCUUGUUUGAGAUGGUGAGGUCACGGUAGAGGAUGCCGUAUGUGGCUUCGGUGGUCUUCUUGUGCAGCUUCUGGCACACGAGCGAGAGCGGCUUGCGCUGGAUGGUGGUGAGGAAGCCGCCGACCUCAUACACACACUCAGCCUCGAGGUGAGCCAAACCAACUCUACCAACCUUAUCCUGACACAACGACGAGAAAUCAUGUCCACAGAUGGCAGGUGCCCGGCUGUUGUUUGUUAUUCGCUUACCGAUUCCUUUGCCACCUGCGGCUGCUUCGCCUUCACCUUCACCCCAGCACGCGACAUCUACAGAGAGAGAGGGGGAGGAACAGACCGAAUGGAUGGAUGGAUGGAUGGUUGGAUGGAUGGAUGGAUGGAUGGAUGUGUGUGUGUGUUGUGUGUGUCACCUGUUCGUUCUUCCUCGAAAUUGUG